CAGCUUAUUCAUUAUCCACAACUCUCUCUCUCUCUCUCUACAAACCACUGGAGAACAAUUUCUCUCUCACACCUCAACUGAAUGGAUCAUGCCUCGUCCGUACAGAUUCCUCUCUACCAUCACAACAAACUCAUCAUCAAAAACCGUUGCAGAAUCGCCUGAAGAAGUUACCGCCGAGUCCGAUUCCGUCGUCAUCUUCGCCGCUCUUCUUUGCGCUCUCGUCUGCAUCGUCGGAUUAAUCGUCGUUGCUCGAUGCUCGUGGCUUCGACGCGGAUCAAUCGCCAGUUCUGCUAACAAAGGAAUUAAGAAGAAGUUUGUUGAAGCGAUUCCGAAAUUCUCAUAUGAUUCGGCUAAGGAAGAUAAGCGCGAUUGUGCAAUCUGUUUGGCGGAGUAUGCAGAUGGAGAUGAGAUCCGAGUUCUGCCGCAGUGCGGACACAGAUUUCAUGUUGAAUGUAUUGAUAAGUGGCUUGGAUCGCACUCUUCGUGUCCUUCCUGUAGGCAGAUUCUGGUGAUUACUAGAUGUAAAAAGUGUGGUGAUUUUCCGGCGGUUUCUGUCGGAAAAGCAUCCACGGUGACGGAGCAUGUAGGCGGACAACAUAAUGGAAAUUUAGUUUGACUAAUUAGAGAUUAAGUUGUUAAUUAGUUUGUGUCCAAGCGAAUAGCCUGACAGUGAAGUGGUGUAGGUGGGUGGACGGUUGGUUGGGCUGGGUCCAAUUAAGCCUCCUUUUAAAAUCUCAUGAAUUUAAGCUGUUAAAAAAAAGUAAAGUGGUGUAGUUCAUAGAGCGAAGUAGUUAUGGGUUUAAAUUCUUGGAAA